AUGGCAACCAGCCUGUCAGAGACACACCCCUGUGUCCUCACAUACUGUGGGAGUCCAAAGUCCUGGCUGGAUGGUGUUGAAAGCACUGGAGAAAUCAAAGAACAUGAUCCUCACGGUGCUUCCAGGUUUCUCCAGGUGGGUCAGAGCUUGGUGCCUGAGGUAGAUGAUGGCGUCAUCCACCCUGAUGCCAGGCCGUUAUUUUUUUAUAUUUGGCUGUCUUGUAUCAACUUCUCUUGUUUCUUUUUUUUGUCUGUGUUUUCACUGAUACACCUGGAUGACUAGCUGUUCCUGUCUCUGUUCAAACAGACUAAUGAUUACCUGGAAGAUGGGUGGAGCCACAAGUUGGACAAGACAGAUUUACAAACAGGAAGAUCCACAGCAACAGAUGAAACAAAUGAAAAAGAACAGGCAGGGCUAGACAUGCUGUAUACAAUAGAAGAUGUCCCACCUUGGUACCUGUGUAUCCUUCUGGGACUACAGCAUUACCUGACGUGUUUCAGUGGUACUGUUGCUGUACCUUUUCUUCUGGCUGAAGCCAUGUGUGUUGGGAGAGACCAAAACACUGUAAGUCAGCUGAUUGGAACCAUCUUCACCACAGUUGGAAUCACAACCCUGAUCCAGACCACUGUGGGGGUCAGACUUCCUCUGUUCCAGGCCAGUGCAUUUGCAUUCCUUAUUCCUGCCCAGGCAAUCCUCAGUCUGGACCGCUGGAGAUGUCCCACUGAAGAGGAAAUUUAUGGAAACUGGAGUCUUCCCUUGAACACCUCUCACAUUUGGCAGCCUCGUAUCAGAGAGAUUCAGGGGGCCAUCAUCAUGUCCAGCCUGGUGGAGGUUCUGAUUGGUCUGAGUGGAUUACCUGGUCUGCUGCUAGAAUACAUUGGACCUCUUACCAUCACUCCAACUGUCUCACUGAUCGGUCUGUCUGUGUUCACCACAGCUGGGGACAGAGCCGGGUCCCACUGGGGCCUGUCAGCACUGUGCAUGUUGCUGAUUGUGCUAUUUGCUCAGUAUCUGAGGACAACAUCACUUCCUGUUCCUGUUUACAGCAAAAGAAAAGGACUGACAUUCAGCAGAGUUCAAAUCUUCAAAAUGUUUCCUAUCAUCCUUGCCAUCAUGUUAGUUUGGCUCAUCUGUUAUGUCCUCACUUUGACCAACCUGCUCCCAAAGGACCCAGAUCAUUACGGACACAAGGGCCGGACUGAUGCCCGUGGCGACAUCAUGACAUCAUCGCCCUGGUUUAGGGUGGCCUACCCUUGUCAGUGGGGGUUGCCCGUGGUAACUGUUGCUGGGGUGUUGGGGAUGCUGAGUGCCACCAUGGCAGGGAUUGUUGAGUCCAUUGGAGAUUAUUAUGCCUGCGCUCGUCUGUCAGGCGCCACAAUACCACCAAUCCACGCCAUCAACAGGGGGAUCUUUAUUGAGGGGGUCUGCUGCAUCAUUGCUGGAUUGUUAGGAACAGGAAAUGGCUCCACCUCCUCCAGUCCAAACAUCGGAGUUCUGGGCAUCACCAAGGUAGGAAGCAGGCGGGUGGUACAAUAUGGAGCUGGUAUCAUGUUCCUCUUAGGUUCUGUUGGAAAGUUCACAGCCCUGUUUGCAUCUCUUCCGGAUCCAAUCCUGGGAGGAAUGUUCUGCACAUUGUUUGGUAUGAUCACAGCUGUGGGUCUGUCCAACCUGCAGCUGGUAGAUCUGAACUCCUCCAGAAAUCUCUUUGUUCUUGGGUUCUCCAUGUUCUUUGGCCUCACUCUGCCAACAUACCUGGAUGCACACCCCAACGUCAUCAGUACAGGUCUGGCAGAACUGGAUCAGAUUCUGACGGUUCUUCUGUCCACCGAGAUGUUUGUUGGAGGCUUUCUGGCCUUUUGCCUCGACAACACAAUACCAGGUACAAAAAAGGAACGAGGACUCAUCCAGUGGCUCUCUUCAUCUGGCUCCUCCUCAUCGGCUGGCUCCUCCUCCUAUGACUUUCCUCUAGGGAUGGGCAUGGUCAGAAAGACUCGCUUCCUCAGGUGGUUUCCUAUCUGCCCAACCUUCACAGGUUUCAGGGGGUCUGAGGAAGUUUCGCCUCCUGACAGGAUGGGAGGACAACAUGAAGAGGAGGAAGCAGAUGAACUCCACCUGCCCAGCACCAAGGUGUGA